UGAUGGCCGCCGUUGGGGUGAUGUCACCUCCUAUUUGUCUGGCCAUUUCCGGUGUGAUGGUGCCGGCAGCGGCGGUUUUGGGCCCGGUGGGUUUUUGGUGCGUGCUGUGUCUCGCCGACUCGGCGUUUAAGUCGUCACCUAGUGUCAAGGUGUGGUACGAAGAAUGCCUGACAAAACUUGGAAUCAGCAUUGCCCCUUUUCACAUACGUUGGCAGUCAACUUUCUUCAAUCGCUUCUUUUUAAAGAUGGGACGAUGGAAACCUCAAUUCCUGUACUUGUGGUUCAGUCUUGGGAUGGGAUUUGGAGUGGUCUUCAUGUUUAUCUCAAUAAUACUUCUAACGAAAACCCUGGCACAGACAUUGGCGGUGAUGUCAGCUGAUGGGACAGUAGCUGAGAACAAACGCAUACUGCAAGUUGUGGUGCCUGGUGUUAACCUACCUGCGAGCCAACUGGUAUAUUUUUUCACUGUGAUUCUGAUCAGUGGCAUUAUUCACGAAAUAGGCCAUGGGGUGGCUGCAGUCAGGGAGCAAGUGAGAUUUAACGGCUUUGGAAUGUUUAUUUUUGUUGUCUAUCCUGGGGCAUUUGUUGACCUCUACACAAACCAUUUGCAGUUGAUUUCCCCACUCCAACAAUUACGAGUAUUUUGUGCAGGUGUAUGGCACAAUUUCAUCCUGGCCUUGAUGGCUCUGCUCAUCCUGUACUCAUUGCCACUCUUUCUCCUUCCCUUGUACUACACUGGAAUUGGGGCACUGGUUACUGAAGUCACAGAGAAUUCACCAGCCAGUGGACCCAGAGGACUGUUUACCGGUGAUCUUAUUAAGUAUGUAGAAAAAUGUUCAGUUCACUGUGUGGAAGAUUGGCACAAGUGCAUUGAAGAAAUCCAUCAGAAACCUCAGACUGGAUACUGUGUUAAUGAAGUGACCCUGCAGCACCUCAGCUCUGUGGCUCGAGCAUACAAGAGGCUUGACGGAACCACUGAGUGUUGUAGCAACAACAGCCUUGUGGAUAUUUGCUUUUCUUACCAUGGCAACUUGCAGAUGCCCCAGCAUGUUUGCCUGCCAGCCAGGAAAACCAUUGAAUCUAGUCGGUUGUGUCAGCGGAAUGCAGACUGUCAGAAGGAGUUUAUCCGUAGCCUGUGUGCAAAGCCUUCCAUGGAAAACCAAACCAGGCUGAUCAGAGUCAAGCACUCGUCUGACAUGGAUAUGUUAUUUGUUGGGCACCCUGUACAUCUUCAGUAUGCAGUGAGUCUUACCAACUACAUGCCACGCUUUGGUUUCCUACACUUGAACAUCCCGGUUGUAAUAGAAACUUUUUGCAAAUACAUGCUUUCUUUAUCAGGAGCUCUCGCGGUAAUAAAUGCUGUGCCGUGUUUUGCUCUGGAUGGACAGUGGAUAUUGAAUUCCUUCCUGGAGGCCACGCUCAGCUCACUUAUUGUAGAGAAGAAUCAUCGGGAUCUCAUUGGAUUUUUUAUUUUGCUUUUUGGCAGUGCCCUGCUGGCUUCCAAUGUGGUUCUAGGUCUUUGGAUGGUAACAGCUAGGUAGUACUUUAAGCCUGAUAGCUCCCAUUUAUGCCUCUAUAUCAUAGUCCUCACUGCCUCCAAUUCCACAUUGUGGAAACUGCUGAGCACAAUCCUAAGAUUUUAAAGGACCCUUGUUGGACUGUGACCAUGUUAUUUUGUGCCAACUAUUCAGUUGGGCAAGCCUCCUCUGGAGCAUGAAAUUGGAAAUUAUAUUGGUUAGGGCACCUUCUAUCAUUCAACUGUUGUAGCUUUGAGUGGAAUAGUUUCAGUUCUGUCUGUUUAAAAUUAGGUGCUGGGGACCAUCCUCAGCGACAGAAAUGUUCACUAUGUCAAUCUGUAACCUCGUGGCCUGGCACAUCUCUCCCUCCAUCAUUAAUAUCAGGCCAGGCUCCAUAAAGCAAAUUUGGGUAAGCACCAGGCAUGCCCAGUAAAGCUACAACCCAAGUCUAUAAGCAUGCUGACAACAUUAUCAGCAUUUCAUAGACAUUUCACUACAGAUUUGAUCAAAACUAUGCAACUCUAUCCUGUCUGGUUAUGAGCAGUGCUGGAGAAGGAAGUUGUUCAAAAGAAUGUUCCCUUUCUUGCCAGCUGCAGGGCCCAGAACACGAGUCUGAAGUACUCAGGUGCAUGUUCAGCCAGAAGUGCCGAGUGAUGCUCCAUCCUCCUGAGGUUCUCUCUGUUAAGGAAGCCAGUUAGAUUCAGUUCAUGUGAUAUCAAGAAAUGGUUGAGCGAGCUGGAUACAGCACGCAACAACUCACUGUAAUACUGAGGAGCGUCAGGGCAAGCUGCACCUCUGGCCAAGUUGUUCCACUACAGUGACAACAGAGGCAUUGUCAUUGGUUUGACAAUGUGGAAAUAUAGUCUGGUAUGUUCUAAAAAAACUGGGGCAAAUUCAAUCUGGCUAACCACCACCCAGUCUGCUGUCACUCACUGGAAGUGUGAAGAAAGUUUUGUUGACAGUGCUGUCAAGCAGCACUCACUCACCAAUCACUGGACCACCAGACCUCAGUUUGGUUUUCGCCAGAACCAGCUGGCCGCAGACCUCAUCACUUGAUCCAUAAUUGGACCAAAGAGAGGUGAGAGUUACUGCCCUUGAUACUGAGGGUGCAUUUCACUGAGUGCAGCAUCAAAGGACCCUGUUUAAUCUGAUAUCAGUGGGAUUCAAGAGUGAUUGGAGUCAUAAUACCUCAUACAGAGGAAGCUAGAUGUAACAUGCACAAAAUGUUGGUAAUUGGAUAUUAAUCCUAUCUCUAGUACAUCACUGCAAGAAUUCCUCAGGGCAGUAUCCUUCUCACCACCAAAUUCAGCUGCUUCAUCAAUAAUCUUCCUUUUGUCAUGAGCAAAGAGUGGGAUUGUUUGCAACUGAUUAAUCAGAAACAGCUGGAAUAGUAAAUGUGUGGCAGCACAAGCAAGGAAGAGACUAGAUAUCCUGUGAUGAGUGACUCAUUUGAUACCAUAAGGCUCUUCUAAUAUCAACAAGACACUUGCUCGGAGUGUGAUGGAAUACUCUCAUUCAGCAAGAUGAGUGUAGCUCAGUAACACUUAUGAAGCUUGGUCAUCCAAAGUUCAAACCUUGAGGUUCUUCUCCUUACAGUCUACCACAAAACAAGAAACCCAAAAAGAACCCUUCAAAAAAGAGCAAUAAACCCCCAAUGCACAGAGAGAGAAAAAAAAACACAGAUUGUGCAAACAAUAAAAGCAAGCAACAGCAUUCAGAACAAAAGUGAGUUCUCAGACAAAGCCCAAGGUAGCCAGAGUAGGCCCACAGCCUCUUCCUCAGUGCAGCAAAGAGUGGAGCAGACAUCACAGAACAGUGAGCAGAGCUGGCCCAUCCAUCAUCUCCCCCUGGCCCGACAUUUAAAUCAUCCAAACAUCAGGUUGUACCUUGCUCAAAGAAUUGGGCCCUGUUGCAUCAAUAGAUUCUGGGCCUGGACUGUGCUGCCACAUUCCAGCUCGUAACAGAGCUUUCCAAAUUGGCUUGACGGGAUGGUGUUCCCCUGUACUUAAAGCCCUUUCCUUCCUGGUGGCGGAGGUCAUGAGUUUUGGAGAUGCUGUCAGAGCUUAGAUCGAUCAGACCUCGCUCUCUGUUUUGGCAUCUGGGCUCCAAAACUCCUUCGCUUCACAUGUCCUGUCUCCAUCUCGACCUCGCUCUGACUUUGCACUGCACUCACACAGCUAGACCCUCAAGUCAGCCUCACCUUCACUCACCUCUUCAUUGUUAGCAGUGAAUAUUACUGUAACUUUUUACAGAAAAAGUGUUAUUAAUGAAGUAUCUGGGACAAAACACCCCCAACCCCCCUAAGCAUUCAUUCCCUCCAGAAUCAUAGAACUGUAUAAAAUGUACUUAGUUGCUGAUGCUGCUCUGACAGCAUCUCCAAAACCCAUGACUUCCACCACUAGGAAGGAAAGGGCUUCAAGUACAGGGGGACGCCAUUGCUUUCAUGUGCCUACCCCCCAAGCCACACAGCAUCCCGUCUUGGGAAUGUUCUCACCAAUCCUUCAUUGUUGUUGGGUCCAACUCCCUCCCGUUGCAACAGUUCAAGAAGGCAGCUUAUCACUCAGGGGCAUUUAAGAAUAGGUAAUAAAACAACCAGUUCCCAAAAAUAAAAAAAAACUGUUGUAAGUUUGUAUAAUGAUUUUAAAUUACAAGUAAUAUUUGUGUUGAUGCUUGCCACUUCCUUUUCAGAUUGAUUUAAUUUGGAAACUGAUAAAUUCUGGUGAAUGUCAUCAAGUAAUAAAUUCUCAUUUUGGUGUCCAGAUAUCAAGACAAAAAGAAAUGCUUAGUUCUGUUGGAACCUUUGAAUAAAGUGGCCCCUCUUGGAAAGAGAUAUUGGUCUAACAUGCUUUUUGAUCUGAAGUGUGGAGCAACACACAAAGGCAUUGGAGUAACUCAGCAGGUCAGGUAGCAUCCAGGGAAGGAAAUGAAUAGCCAAUGUUUUGGGUUGAUCCUUCAUCAGGACUGGAAAGAAAGAGAUGAGAUACUUCUCCCCACGCCUUUUUAUACUGGCUAUCUUUUUCUUUAUGGCCUGAUGAAGGAUUUCAAUCCGAAACAUUCACUGUUCAUUUUCCUCCAUUGAUGCUGAUUGACCUGCUGAAUUCCUCCAGCUCCUUUGUGUGUUCUCCAGAUUUCCAUCAUCUGCACUCUGUGUCUUGAUCCUGUUUUUUAGUUUGACUCAAGAGUGACACUGAUUUAUAGCACCUUCCAGCAGUAGUUGUUUUUCUGCACAUACUUUAUUUACCCUUAGAAGACUUACUGGGUCCUUUCAUAUUAAAUAUAACCAAAAUUAAAUCAUGUUGAAGAAGAGUCAAUGCUUUCAGAGCAUGAAUAGAAAAUAAAUUGGAAGUAAGCCUGAUUCCACAUUAAGUCAGAAGGUUUUCCUUGGAAGAAUAGUGACGAGGCCUAUGUGCUGUACCAGUUCCACACACAUUUUGCAUGUUCCAGGUGUGGUGUCUCACUGAGAAUUUGAUGAUUCCAUUUGUAUGUUGUUCUUCAUUGCACAGCAAUUUCUUCUCUCUUGCCUUAACAGUUUAAUUUUUCUUAAGUUUCUAAAUGGUGUCUUCUCUGUUUCUGAUUGUGACUGCACCGAAUGGGUUGCACUAACUGCUGAUGCUGGUGGACCUGUUGUGCCUCUUCCAGUGCAAUGGAAUUGAAGCUGUUCUGGAUUCUACCAUUCUUGUCAAACAUUUUCCUAUAUAAACAAGAGACCUCAUGAUGACAACCAUCUGGCACAAAGAGCUGUAACUUUAUGCAUAUUUUGAUAAUUUUAUUUAUUGAAUUACUGAGUGCUGCAGGCAAAUUAACCUUUGUUUUGUUGAUGAUUUGGGUUUGGAUUAGUCAAGAUGCACUUGUAUUUCCUCUUUUUUUUUAAAUACUAGCUGCCUGAUAGGUGUUCACUGAUAAUUUCUAAUAUCCAGCAGCAAAAUAUAGUCCAUUCCAAUGAAGUAAGGAAGGAAUUAUUCCUCCCUCUGUCCAGCAAUGAACUGUUAAAGACACAGUAGAUGAAAUUAUUCGUAUAUCAAAGUAGGUGGAAUAUUAUCCAAAGUCCUGUGGAUUUUAACAAAAUGUAUUGGACUACAAAAUUUAAUUUUUGUGUUGUCUGUAUUUGCCUGAAAAGUAAUCCUGUGUUUUGUAAAGUUGUGUCCAUGUAACUUUUUUUGCUGCAAUAUCUGGAAAAUUUUGAGAUUUUUUUUG